AUGAAGGCUGUUCGUAAUUUGCUGAUUUAUAUAUUUUCCACCUAUCUACUGGUUAUGUUUGGAUUUAAUGCUGCCCAAGACUUCUGGUGUUCCACGCUGGUGAAGGGGGUCAUUUAUGGAUCGUAUUCUGUAAGUGAAAUGUUUCCUAAAAACUUCACAAACUGCACUUGGACGCUGGAAAAUCCAGAUCCGACCAAAUAUAGUAUUUACCUGAAAUUUUCCAAAAAGGACUUCAGCUGCUCCAACUUUUCCCUCUUGGCUUAUCAGUUUGAUCAUUUUUCCCAUGAAAAAAUAAAGGAUCUUUUAAAAAAUAACCAUUCUAUAAUGCAGCUCUGCGAUUCCAAGAAUGCUUUUGUAUUUCUGCAGUAUGAUAAGAAUUUUAUUCAGAUACGCCGUGUCUAUCCUAUCGAUUUCCCAGGAUUACACAAAAAAGAAGACGACCAAAAAUCCUUCUUUGAGUUUUUGGUGUUGAACAAGGUGAGCCCAAGCCAGUUUGGGUGCCAUGUAUUAUGCACUUGGUUGGAGAGCUGCUUGAAAUCCGAGAACGGGAGAACUGAGUCCUGUGGGAUCAUGUAUACAAAAUGCACCUGCCCUCAGCAUUUGGGAGAAUGGGGUAUAGAUGACCAGUCCCUGGUGUUGCUCAAUAACGUGGUGCUGCCCCUCAACGAGCAGACGGAGGGCUGCCUGACCCAGGAGCUGCAAACCACCCAGGUCUGCAAUCUCACCAGAGAAGCCAAACGGCCGCCGAAAGAAGAAUUUGGAAUGAUGGGAGAUCAUACAAUUAAAAGUCAGCGACCUCGAUCUGUUCAUGAGAAAAGGGUCCCUCAGGAACAAGCUGAUGCUGCUAAAUUUAUGGCACAAACUGGUGAAUCUGGUGUUGAAGAGUGGGCCCAGUGGAGUACGUGUUCAGUUACUUGUGGUCAAGGGUCGCAGGUGCGAACCAGAACUUGUGUAUCACCUUACGGGACACACUGCAGCGGCCCUUUAAGAGAAUCAAGGGUUUGCAAUAACACUGCCCUCUGUCCAGUACAUGGCGUUUGGGAGGAAUGGUCACCUUGGAGUUUGUGUUCAUUCACAUGUGGUCGAGGCCAAAGAACUAGGACAAGGUCAUGUAUACCUCCCCAGUAUGGGGGAAGAUCAUGUGAUGGACCUGAAACACAACAUAAACCUUGCAAUAUUGCACUCUGCCCUGUCGACGGACAGUGGCAGGAGUGGAGCUCGUGGAGCCAGUGCUCGGUGACCUGUUCCAACGGCACCCAGCAGCGGAGCCGGCAGUGCACGGCGGCCGCCCACGGCGGCUCCGAGUGCAGAGGGCCCUGGGCCGAGAGCCGGGAGUGCUAUAACCCCGAGUGCACCGCAAAUGGCCAGUGGAACCAGUGGGGCCACUGGAGUGGCUGUUCCAAAUCCUGUGAUGGUGGCUGGGAGAGACGGAUAAGGAUCUGUCAAGGUGCUGCCGUGACUGGGCAACAGUGUGAAGGAACCGGAGAGGAAGUUAGAAGGUGCAGUGAACAGAGGUGUCCCGCACCUUAUGAGAUAUGUCCUGAAGACUAUUUGAUGUCAAUGGUGUGGAAAAGGACCCCAGCUGGGGACAUGGCAUUCAAUCGAUGUCCUCUUAAUGCCACAGGCACCACUAGCAGACGCUGCUCUCUCAGUGUUCAUGGAGUGGCCUUCUGGGAACAUCCAAGCUUUGCUAGAUGCAUAUCAAAUGAGUACAGACACUUGCAGCAUUCAAUUAAGGAGCACCUCGCAAAGGGACAGAGGAUGUUGGCUGGUGAUGGCAUGUCCCAAGUAACCAAGACACUACUGGAUUUAACUCAGAGGAAAAAUUUUUAUGCAGGGGACCUUCUGAUUUCUGUGGAAAUUCUCAGAAAUGUUACAGACACAUUUAAAAGAGCAAGUUAUAUCCCUGCAUCUGAUGGGGUGCAGAACUUCUUUCAAAUCAUUAGUAAUCUCUUAGAUGAAGAAAACAAAGAGAAAUGGGAAGAUGCGCAACAGAUCUAUCCGGGCUCGGUGGAGUUAAUGCAGGUGAUUGAAGAUUUUAUACACAUUGUUGGAAUGGGAAUGAUGGACUUUCAAAAUUCAUACCUAAUGACUGGAAAUGUAGUGGCUAGCAUUCAGAAGCUUCCUGCUGCAUCUGUUUUAACCGACAUCAAUUUCCCCAUGAAAGGAAGAAAAGGAAUGGUUGAUUGGGCACGAAACUCAGAAGACAGGGUGGUCAUUCCAAAAAAUAUCUUCACCCCUAUGUCAACAGAACUAGAUGAAUCAACUGUAUUUGUGCUUGGAGCAGUGCUAUACAAAAAUUUAGAACUCAUUUUGCCCACUUUGAGGAACUUUACUGUUGUCAAUUCAAAAAUCAUCGUUGUUACUAUACGACCUGAACCCAAAACUACGGAUUCUUUCCUGGAGAUAGAACUAGCCCAUCUGUCUAAUGGUACAUUGAAUCCCUACUGUGUGCUGUGGGAUGAUUCGAGAACGAACGACUCUUUGGGAACCUGGUCCACCCAGGGAUGUAAAACUGUGCUUACCGAUGCAUCCCAUACGAAAUGCUUAUGUGAUCGCCUCUCUACCUUCGCCAUUUUGGCUCAGCAACCUAGAGAAAUAAUCAUGGAAUCAACUGGUACACCCUCAGUGACCUUAAUAGUAGGCAGUGGUCUUUCAUGCUUGGCCUUGAUCACCCUAGCAGUUGUCUAUGCAGCGCUAUGGAGGUACAUCAGAUCUGAGAGGUCAAUAAUUCUAAUCAAUUUCUGCCUGUCUAUUAUCUCAUCAAAUAUCCUUAUCCUGGUUGGACAAACUCAGACGCAUAACAAGGGCAUCUGCACCACAACCACCGCAUUUUUACACUUCUUCUUCUUAGCUUCAUUCUGUUGGGUUUUGACAGAAGCGUGGCAGUCAUAUAUGGCUGUUACUGGAAAAAUUAGGACACGGCUCAUAAGGAAACGUUUCCUGUGCCUUGGAUGGGGUUUACCAGCAUUAGUGGUUGCAAUAUCAAUAGGGUUUACCAAGACAAAAGGAUAUGGAACAGCCCACUACUGUUGGCUGUCUCUUGAAGGAGGGCUACUUUAUGCUUUCGUUGGACCUGCAGCUGCUGUUGUCUUGGUCAACAUGGUGAUUGGCAUUUUGGUAUUUAAUAAACUUGUUUCCAGAGAUGGAAUCCUAGAUAAAAAGCUCAAACACAGAGCGGGUCAGAUGAGUGAGCCUCAUAGCGGUUUGACGCUCAAAUGUGCCAAGUGUGGAGUAGUUUCAACAACAGCUUUGUCAGCCACCACCGCCAGUAAUGCCAUGGCAUCCCUUUGGAGUUCCUGUGUAGUGUUGCCACUUCUGGCCCUGACUUGGAUGUCUGCAGUUCUGGCCAUGACAGACAAAAGAUCAAUAUUAUUUCAGAUACUUUUUGCAGUAUUUGAUUCAUUACAAGGCUUUGUUAUUGUCAUGGUCCAUUGUAUUCUCCGAAGGGAGGUUCAAGAUGCAUUCAGAUGUCGACUGAGAAAUUGCCAGGAUCCAAUCACUGCAGAUUCUUCAAGUUCUUUUCCUAACGGACAUGCUCAAAUCAUGACUGAUUUUGAAAAGGACGUGGACAUUGCUUGUCGGUCAGUUCUGCAUAAAGACAUUGGACCUUGCAGAGCAGCUACUAUAACAGGAACACUUUCUAGAAUUUCACUAAAUGAUGAAGAGGAGGAGAAGGGACCAAACCCUGAAGGAAUGAGCUAUUCUACCUUGCCUGGAAACAUCAUCUCCAAAGUCAUCAUCCAGCAACCAACAGGUCUCCACAUGCCUAUGAGUAUGAGUGAACUGGCCAAUCAGUGCUUGAAGAAAGACAACAGUGAGUUGCGGAGGACUGUGUAUUUAUGCACUGAUGAUAAUUUGAGAGGUGCAGAUAUGGACAUAGUUCAUCCUCAAGAGCGGAUGAUAGAAAGCGACUAUAUAGUCAUGCCCCGGGGCUCAGUAAAUACCCAGCCAUCACUGAAAGAUGAGAGCAAAAUGAAUAUAGGCAUGGAUACGUUGCCUCAUGAAAGGCUGUUGCACUACAAAGUUAAUCCAGAGUUCAAUAUGAAUCCCUCUGUAAUGGACCAAUUUAAUAUCAAUUUAGACCAGCAUCUUCCCACCCAAGAACAUAUGCAGAAUUUACCAUUUGAGCCCCGCACAGCAGUGAAGAAUUUCAUUGCCUCGGAGCUGGAUGACAAUGCAGGAUUAUCAAGAAGUGAAACUGGAUCCACAAUAUCAAUGAGCUCUUUAGAGAGAAGAAAAUCACGUUAUUCGGACCUUGACUUUGAAAAGGUCAUGCACACAAGAAAGAGGCACAUGGAAUUGUUUCAAGAGUUAAAUCAGAAAUUUCAGACACUGGACAGAUUUCGGGAUGUACCAAAAUCAGGCAGUAUGGAGAACUCGGCACCGAACAAGGCUCCAUGGGACAGUUUCAAAACCACAGGUGACUACCAACACUAUACAACGAUAAAUGUAUUAGACACAGAGGCAAAAGAUUCUUUAGAACUCAGACCAGCAGAAUGGGAGAAGUGUCUGAACUUGCCUUUAGAUGUGCAAGAAGGUGACUUUCAAACAGAAGUUUAA